AGAUCCGCCCCUGGGUUCCGUAUUCGAUCACCUUGAAAAAUAUUACCCAGUCACGUUCCUCGUCCUAAUAAAAGGGACGGCAACCUUCCGGUUCACCCACAAUCAGGCUCAGUUAUCCUAAGAAGCAGUGAACAUUUACAAAUCAAUUUUUUGCCGCAUAAAAAUGACUGUCUUUACCGUUUCUAAGCCAGUGGAGGGAGAAAAGACGGCAGUUGAAAAUGCUGAAACAGCCCAGACCCUCGUUGUGAGGAAGACCGCUUUGUCGCCUCUCCUCGUACUUGCACUGGUCGUCAUAUCAGUGGUCAUCGCGGCGAUCGUUGCCGGUGUCAUUGUCUAUUUUGGCCUCCAAACUUGUCGAGUGGAGCGUGAAAGCGACAUGACCGCCCAAUUCGGCAAGGACAUGGACUUCGAGAGACACGGAAGGUUCGAUGAUCACGAUUUCUCCGAGCAUUGUCACUACGAUCACGACAAUGAUGUCGUGGUCAUGGAUCUGGAGGGAGAUGGCUUCGGGGAGAAUGCUACCGUGGUCUAUGACUUCAACCGGGGUUUUCUGACCUACGUUCUCCCGUCUAAGAAUAGAUGCUUCCUUGGCCCGGUAAACCAAGACGACAUCGAUAGUUUCAAGAAAGCUCAUGACGGAGAGAUCGUCGAACUCGGCGCCAUCAAGCCGCGCAAUUUCACCACCACCAAAGAGACGAUCCCGUCUGCCUACCUAGCCCAGACAACCUCGCCCGUGGUCAAUGACCUCUGCUCGACUAUGGAUUCUCAUUGGAUCAAAUCGGCUGUCGACGACGAAGGCACUUCUCCGCCACGUCAUAGGAGAAAAGUUGAUGAUACUAUCGAUAUCUAUAUUUUCAGCGAUGGAACCGUUGUUAUCAUAAUUACUCGAGAUUGAUAACUCAGCCCAUACGAUGAGGCACGCUACACGCUACUUUGCUUUGUUUAUUUUUUUAGCGCAAGCGAUUAUUCAUCAAUUUGCUAUCACUUAACUUUUUUGUGCUAAAUUUUCAGUCAAUAGGCCUACUUAUUUUAUUCUCUAUAUCGUAUGCCUCUCUGUUUUUCAAUGUAUACGUUUGUUUAGGUCAAUGAUGAUCCCUUAUUUUCUUCUCAAUAUCCUCUAUUUUUUCUU